AUGGAGCUGUUUCGACGCCUCCCGGAUGUGUUGAUUGUCGGUGAUAUAGAUGCGGCUAGAAAUUGUAUAUCGAAUGAUCCUAAGGGAAACAAAUCGGAGUAUGGUAAUGCAGUGAUUUUGUGGCACUGUCAUACUUGGCUUGGUGGCACCCCCCCAACUAUCCACUUACCCACAAACAAAUUAUUUACCUGGACCAAGCUGACCCCAGGACGAGCUCAUUCUGAUUUGGCGAACGUUUCGCUUAGAUCUAAACAUCUUAGUGAACCUAUGGGGUGGUGCCCUUGGAAACACCGUACCUUUCGAUUCCAUUGUGCGAAUACUGAACAGUCUAAGCGAUCCAAACGUUCCGCUUUGCUGCAUAUCAGGGAGCAAUUUCGGCCUCUGACUAUUUCGCUGACAAGAGGUUUCCAAGGUCCAUUCAGACGAAUCAAGUGGAACAGCUUGUGCACAUUUCCAGCAUUCUUUGCAUCUUCCAUUUCUUCGGCCUUUCGGCGCAUCGGGUCAAGUGGACACUUUGAAUCGGCUCUGACCGAAGUUGUUCAACAGAACGUUUGGACUCAUUGGAGGGAGUCGAUGUUCACUCUGCAUACGCAUGAAUCCCUACUCGAUACAGACUGGAAGGAGCUAGCGCGGCAACUGUAUGAGCAGGUCUCACCUGACUUUCUACAAGAACAACUACGCACUUUUGCUGCUGGCCAGCCACAUCCACCUGGGACGAUUGCUAAUCGGGUUUUGGGAGAACGAAUUGCCUCGGAUUGGGAAUCGUGGCAUAUCCCCAUUGUUCGACGUGAGGAGUUCUUUGUCACGUUGCCUCUCGGACCAUCUCCUUCUGGGCCUUUGAAUGAGGUGAUUCUUACGGAUGCUGCCGGUUCUAAAGUGAUCUUUGAAGCAAAAAACUAUGUUAGUACACCGUCUGAUCAAACGACACCGGUAUCCAAUUUGUCACAUUCUCAAGAGAAUUCGGCUGAGGCAACUUAUGGGAAUUCAGACAGCCUCUCCAUUCUCCCCGUGUAUCACGCGUAUUCAACCAACGGUUCAGUCACAGGUCGUUUUGUGUUCCUCAAUUAUUGCAGACCUCGGGAUUUGGUUACUUUCGACAAAACACAAGGUCGCCAAAAAGGUCAACCGAGUCUUUUGUGUUCGGGAAAACUUACUGCAAUUGCCCGUUUACAAAAAACCACGCGACAGUCAAAAAUACGCGCGCUCUUCACGCAUUGUGAUUGUGGCCCUGCUGGAUCCCCUGUACCUGGCCACCAUCCUUCUGCAUUGGUUCUUUAUCCAGACCCACAAGACACCGUUUCCCCACACCACCCCGUCUAUCCCGACGGACCUGGUCUUCCAGGUGACUCCCCAAUCUUUGGUCAUUUAUGCAUGUCACAUGGAGGGGGUGGAAAUCCCUGCGCUCCCCACCUACCUUCUUCUAUUCAUACCUACGAAACUCACGAAAUGACGCCAGGCAAAGCUCUUACUCCGAUUCCUGUUCAACCAAUCAGUUACAAUGAUGCUGCCGUCAUCCUCUCCCACCUUUCCGGGCCUGAACUACCUGAAGAAUGGAGCGGGUGCUUGGCUACUCACCUCGGUCCGUCUCAUGACAGCAUGUUGAAGGUCACCGUCAAUAAUCGCGUUUCACCGGAGCGUAUUCCUUUGCUAAACGUACUUGGGAUAAUCCCGGGUUCCACGGACGAAUCGGACCAUUACGUAGUAUUUGGGAAUCAUCGAGAUGCAUGGGUUCAAGGUGCUUGUGAUCCGGGAUCUGGCACAAUCAUUCUGCAGCAACUUGCAAAACUGUUAGGGUCAGCCUAUAAGGAAGGCUUCCGUCCUCGUCGAACAAUCGUUCUGGCAAGCUGGGACGGCGAGGAACUUUCUUUAUUGGGAUCCACGCAUGAAGUUGAGCAGCGGUCUUUAGAAUUGGGACGGCGAGCUGUCGCCUACAUCAAUGCCGAUUGCCCUGUGAAAGGACACACAAGUUUUGUGGCUCGCACCGAUACGCUGUUAGCAGAUACACUUCUCACAGCCUCUAGACUUGUCCAAGUCGACCCGCCUGCGAGUACGACAAUUUGGCUGCAUGAAUGGUUGAAACAAGAGGGCAAGUCACUGGACAGUGAACCAUGUGUUACUCCGCCAGGGACUGGCUCAGACCACAUUCCUUUUUCUUACAAACUGGGUGUUCCAUCUUCGUAUCCCGGAUUUACACCAGAUGACGGGCUGGCCUAUCCGCCUAUCUACCACACGGCCUAUGAUAUCAUCAGCGUUGCGGAACGAUUUACUGACCCCGCAGUUUCUGAUACCGGGCCAUUGCCGAGACACCGACUCCUUGUUCGCCUGUACCUGACUAUGAUACUUCAGCUUUGUUGCGCAAGCCGUCUACCAUAUUCAAUCUGUCGCUGGGCCACGACGUUUUCGAAGGAGUGGGCAGAAUUCAACCAGGUUGCGGCCUCUAAAGUUCCGAAAUUGGCAGAUUUCGGAGUUAACUUGGACUGGAUCAGCGAAGACUUGGACCAAAUGUUGCAUUCCGCGGAACGUGUUGAAGCAUUCUUGAAUACAUUGGAGCAGCGUACAGCCGAAUUUCCUGCUGUACUCAAUCGAACGGUUGCCAAUAUACCCAAAUGCUUUGUGAAGCCCUCUCUCGCUGAUCCCAAUUCAUUCCCUUUCGUGUUGUACGCACCACGUGGGUUUCAAACCGUUUAUUUCCAUCGCGUCCAGUCUGCAUUCACUCGGUUGCUCAAACACAUUCAUGACGAUAACUCAGAAGAGAAAUCCAACUGUUUGAGGCUUCUGAAGCAGGAACUCUCCAUACUGGCUUCGUGUAUCAAUGAAGCCACCGAGUGCAUGAGAAAUGGCCUAGUUGGAUUCGAGGGUUUGGCUUAAAUCGACCGGUGUAGAUUGUUCGUGUGCUCUGGUUCUUCUGAUUACACUAACUUUUUUGAACGAGUGCUUCCAUUGUAUGAUAUAUUGCCCCUCUUCUCGUGUUUUGACGUUCUUUGAUUUUGCUUUGGGCUUAAAACGCUCUGUUAGAAACUGUUUUUUAUACUGUGAUAGACGUUAGUAUUUUCGUUGCUUUGAUACAACUGCGCCUGUGACUUCCGUACUUCUCCAUAAUGUUGUAUGAUUGUAAGUUACCACGGAACUUGUU